AUGACUGCUGUCUCCUCGUCCUCCCGACUCAACGUCAACUCCCCGCAGCCGCAGAACAUCAUCUCGCUUCGUCUCUACAAGGUACUCGGCGCCAGUUUCGAUGAUGAUGCCACCAAGGAGGCCCUCCGCACCGUUGCGGAGCUGUACGCGCCUCCUGUACCAACGGUCUCUGUGAAGGGCAAGGAGGUCCAGCGUGAGCUCGACGACGCAGAUGAAGGCGAGGGCGUGAAAGUUCAAGCAAGAUCUCAGCUCGAUGGUACGCCCCUGGUCGAAGUCGUCCCCGGAGAGAUCGCUGCGCGGGCGCGCAAGAACCUCCGGAGAGACGUGGAGAGCAAACUGGCCGAGUCGAGCCGCAAGUUUCUGGAUGCAUUCGGAGAGGUGGACAAGCAAUUAGAUACCCUGCAGGAACAUAUCGCUGCCAUGCGCAUGCGCUGUGAUGAGGGCCAGGCGCAGCUCAGGCUGACCAGUGAGGCGUGCGGGUCACUGCUAGACAGAGCGGGGAGCUUGCGAGAAGAGAGACAAGCAGUGGCUACCCGACAAUCCAUCGUCUCGCUCUUUCUCUCGCGGUUCACCCUCAACGAUGAAGAAAAGGAGGCCAUCUCCUCCCGCGACGUUCCUGUCGGGAUGCGUUUCUUCGACGCAAUGGACAAGGCAGACCGCAUCAGGGACGACUGCCGGGUCCUCAUGGCGGGCGAGGAAGGCCCAACCAAGGCAGGGCUGGACAUUAUGGCAGCGACCGCGACGUACCUCGAGCAAGCGCACGAGAAAGUCUUCCGGUGGUGCUGCUCUGAGUUCCGCCACAUGGGGCGGGAUGCCCAACUCGAGGUCAGCCCCGUCAUGCGCGAGGCCGUGCGCAGGCUUCGACAGCGCCCCGAGCUUCUCACAGAAGCUCUGGGAUACCUCUCGCAAACUCGGCAGGCGACGGUACUCGCAGCUUUUACCGGCGCGCUCACACGUGGCGGGCCCGGCGGACUGCCGCGCCCAAUUGAACUGCAUGCGCACGAUCCCCUUCGGUACGUCGGGGACAUGUUGGCAUGGGUGCAUCAGGCGAUUGCGGCAGAGCACGAGUUCCUCGAGAGCCUGUUCGGUGUGCGCGCGGACGGGCGCAUGGUCGGGAGCGUGCGCCAGUUCGGCGACAGCGUCGAAGAGGAGCUAAUCUCGGAGCUUAUGAACGCGGCCGUGGGUAAGCUGUGCACACCACUGAAGGUGCGCGUGCAGCAGACGGUGCGAUCGCAGGAGAGCAGCAUUACAUUGUACAAGAUCGCGAAUUUGCUCAAAUUUUACACGCUGACGAUGGAGCGGACAAUUGGCGAGCAUGCGCUAUUGUCGGAAGCGCUCAAACAGAUGACUGAUAUGUCGUUCGACGCUUUCCUUGACAACAUCGAGGCGCAAAGUCGCGCGCUAAUCCAUAUUCCUCUGGGCCCGGACGACAAAGAAUUGACACCGCCACUAGUCAUCCUGGACCACGCACAGGUGUUGCGGGAAAUCAUGAUAGUAUACGCAUCAUCACUGCAAAGCGAUGAACCUAAGGACACAUUGCACCCGGGCUUCCGCCAAAUCCUCGACAAGAUGGUAGAUCCUGCGGUCGAGAUGUGCAUCUCCGCAGCGGAGGUGAAGAAGAAAGCGAUGCCGUGGUGGGAUCGGUCUGUGUUCGUGCUCAAUUGCCUCGCGUACAUGCAAAGUUUGCUGGAACCAUUCCCGUUCACCAAGGAGAAGCAAGCGGUGAUUCACGAGUUGAUGGACCAUAAGAUCUUGCAACUGACGGAGGAGCACUACAAAAACAUCUUAUGGGAGGCAGGAUUUAACGAAGUUGUUGAGGCAUUCACACAGCAGAAGCCGGGUGAACCAUUGUCGUACAUAUACGGGACGACGAUAUACCGGCUGCAGUCCGCAUUGCGAAAGUUCUCCACCUGGCUGUCCGGCAUAACCGUCGUGCACUCGAAUCGUUUGUCGCAUCUGACCGUGCAGAGCCAUGCGACACGGGUCCACCAGGCAGUGCUGGUGCGAAUCGCGCGGAUAUACGAGCGGCUCAUCGGUGAGAUGAGGAAGCCGGAGAAUAAGUACGAGGCUGCGGCGACAUUGCUGGCUGGCGAGCGACCCUUUGGCCAGAUGCAUUUGCUAUGGCAGAUUUUUGGUAUGCAGGACCAAGCAUUCGCUCUGGAAGGGCAGACAGAGCCGGGAGAUCAUGUGGGCCUGGAAAAGCAGCGCGUGUAA